UUUAAUCUAUUCUAUGAUGUAACUAAUCUGUGGUACGAUGAAAACAAAUAAUAUUGUUAUUUGUGUACGAAACGUUCGCGCACUUAACAUCGUUCUCUUGAAUUUGUUGUUGUCGUUGACAGUGCGCAUCGGAUUCUUGUGUUUAAGCGGAACAUUUUUUUACUUCUUUUUCUAUCUGUUUUAUGUCGUUGUCCGCCUGCAAUAGCAUUACAGUUGUUCGGUAGAAUCGAUUUGCGCGACCACUCUUGUCCAGUUGAAAUGUUCGUUAACAAGAUCGCGAAAGUUCUGCCGUGCGCUUGUCAAGUAUUAUGAUAAUUUUUUUCUGAAAUUAUUUUUAGAAAUGUUCCGAUCAAUGUGAACUGUGAAUCUUAUAAUGAAAACACAGUCACGAUGGCCAAAGAGAACGAUCAAGUACCUGAAGUAACGGUGGAAACUUUGGGUGAGAACAUCAUAGUUACUGAACAAAAUACAGAAGACAUUAAUGAAGGUCAACUGAAAAAACCGCCUUCUGUUACACCUCGUAAUAGGAGUCCGGUCACUAUACAAGAAUGGGUAGAUUCAUUGCCUACUACAGUUGAUCAAAAAGAAGAUUUUGAUAAUGCAGAUUCUUCUACGCUUUUAAAUAGCUUGGAUGCUGAUAAUCUUACAUUAGGAGCAGAAGCUGGACACUUAUCUAGAGGUAGAUCUAUUCCAAAUGUCACUAUAACAUCAGAAAGUAAUAUAGUUCAUGCACCAUCUGAAGCUGGAAGUCAAACGUCAAGUUUUGAUUCAAAAUUAUUAAAUGCUCGCAAACCAGAUCCUGAAGAAAUAUUACUAGGUUUAGGAUUUGGUGGUGGAAUUGAAUUGACUACAUAUGGAGAGUAUGGAAGAGUGCCUAAGCGAUUUCUACAACCAUCCCAAUUAAAGGGUGUGUCAGUAGAGGACUAUUUAAAACACCAACAAGAACUUAUAUAUAUGUAUGAAUCUGGAUUAUGGGGUUAUCGUGGAUUAACUGGACCACCACAUGCCAGCCCAUCAGUAAUAGUAGCCAAAAUCAUGGAAAAACUUCGAGAACACGAAUGCGACAUAGCGUGCCAAAAAGAUUCUUCAAGAGUCAUGGGUUCAACCACUAAAUCAUUGAAUUUACCUAAUAAAAGUACAAAACAAACUUCAAAUCGAUUUAAUAAAGUUGCUGAAAAUAUCCUCACAAAAAUAAGGUGUACACCAGGCAGUGUUUUAACUCCAGAUAAUCGUAAGUGGCUUGACAGUCAAGGUGGUGAUAAGUCACCAGAAUUGUCUAGACGACUAAUGAUUGGUCAGCAGUCAUUUGUAUUGACCCGUGAUGGAACUUUAAUAGAAACACCUCCAUCUAGUAUUAUUGCUGAUAAUGAAAAUUUACCUGAUAUGACUGAUAACAAAGUAAUUAAUGACCAAGUUCUAAUUACUUCUAGGGAGAACCCUUCUGAAUUAGAUGAAGUUAAUAAUGUGAUAUUUAAAGUUGGUUCAUCAUCAUCUGUAAAUACAGAUAUACCAUUCCAAAAAGAUAAAUGUUCAUCAAUUACUAUGCAUAAUGGUUCUAAAAUAGAUGAGUUAGAACAUAUAUAUGAUUUAAGUCAAUCUUAUGAUAAAGAUUAUAGUCCUGAAAGAGAUUUAGAAGAUUUAUUAUCUAUAGUUGAGCCUUGUCAAGAUGUUAGCAAAGCAAGUUCAGAAGUAGAUUCAGGUGCAGCAUCUGAUAGUGCUGAUACAUCAUGUGCACAAAUUAAUUUAAUAUCCUUAACUGAAAGCGAAAUAACUGAAAAUGAAAAUUCUUCUAAAAACUUAUAUCGACAAUAUGAAGAUUUAUGUAACUUGAGAUUAAGAUUAAAUGUAUUAGGCUGUCCAUUCAAUAUUGUACCUCAAGAUCAGUUUAUGUCACUUUCAGCAGAACAGAGAUGUGCACUCCAGUGUAAAAUCUUAAGAUUAGCUCUCCGUGUAUAUUUAAAUAAACUCACUGAUGAUGAAGUGCAUCAUGAACUUCAAAGCUGUUUAGGAGCAGAAGUUCAACAUGUUGCUGACUUAUUAGAUUCAAAUUCCAAUGUAGAUAAACUAGCAAUAAUUGUUCGACAGAAUUAACAACUGACCUAUCCCUUGAGAAAGAAAAACAGCUAGCAAAAAUUCAGUAUACUACGAACACUACGACUUUAAUAUAAUGAAUUACCACUAAUUAGAUUUUGAAUAUAUGCAGUCAGAAUAUCCUGUAAUAGCAAAAGAAGCAAUCAACAUUUUGUUACACUCUUCAACCACUUAUGCUAGUUAGGCUUUUUGGCAUUAAUAAACAUAAAAAAACAAAAAAUGGAAGAGGCUUUUUUCCAUUGAUUAGAAAAUGCGUGUAUGCUUGUCUUCAAUUCAACCAUGUAUCGAACGUUUGUGUAAGAAACAAGCUCAAGUUUAUCACUAAUAAUUUAAAAAAUUUCUCUUUAUGAUAUA